AUGGCGGCUAGCGUCUCAACUAGCUUUAUAUCCGGCACUCUUGAAUGUUAUGAUAUAUUGAUAGCUGGAGCAGGCGCGACGGGCUGUAUUGUUGCUGCUCGGGUGGCGGAGGCAGACCCCUCCUUGAAGAUCCUGGUCAUUGAGGCGGGACCCGAUGUCCGAGACGAUGCGGCGCAUUAUCAAGCGGGUCGUACUUUUCAUCAUUUGCACCCCGCCUCGAAGACUGUCAAGUUUUAUGCAGUAGAACCUAGUCCUCAUCUGGAUAAUCGCCAGGCAUUCUAUCUCCACGGACAAUGCGUUGGCGGAGGCUCCUCUAUGAAUCUAACGAUGUAUACUCGAGCCGCUGCCUCGGACUACGAUGACUGGAAAACCGUCUACGGGGCCGAAGGCUGGGGCUUUGCAGAUCUUCUGCCUUAUCUGAAGAAGUGUGAGAACUACACACUCGACACGCCGACUCCUGAGGUUCAUGGUAGGAAUGGACCUCUAGUUGUAUCCCACGGUGGUGAGUAUACGACUGUGGGCAAGGAGUGGUUGGAGGUUGCACCCAAAUAUGACGGACGACCCGUAUUGGAGGAUCCGAAUGAUUUUUACACAGUAAACGGUUAUUCGCGCUGGAGGAAGUGGAUCAACUCCGACACCGGAAGGCGGUCAGACUCUGCUCAUAACUAUCUCUAUCCACAACAAGACCGGAAUACGAACCUUCAUCUCCUGACGGGAUGUGUUGUUGAUAAGAUUAUCUUCGAAGGGACUCGUGCAGCAGGUGUUGAAUUUGCGCAGAACGGAAGGAAGCGUGUCAUCAAGGCGUCAAGACAGGUCGUGAUCUCUAGUGGUGCAUUUGGCACGCCCGGAAUUCUGGAACGCUCAGGCCUCGGAGACCGGUCAGUCCUGCAGACGGCUGGGGUGAAUGUCGUCUCUGAUCUGCCUGGUGUGGGAGAGAACUUGAUUGAUCAUCAUGUCAUAUUUUUCCCGUACAACACUCCUCAGGAUCAUAUCACCUUCGACAGUAUGAGCAGGGGUGAGCCAGAGGCCAUGGAAUACUGGAGCGAGAUAUAUAACAAGGAGAAAAGAGGCAUUUUGUCUUCAAAUCCUGUCGAUGCUGGUAUCAAGAUGAGAGCUUCGCCCGAAGAGCUCAAAGCCAUAGGUCCUGAAUUCACCAAGCGGUGGGACUCGUACUAUGCCGAAGCACCCGACAAAUCCAUGCUCUACAUGGGUUGUUCGGUGACAUCAUGCCAUGCCCAAAGAGAAACUUUUACAGUCUUGGCUUCUUUCAGGCAGAAUCAUCCGGAGUCCAUUGGCAAGAUUCACAUUACUUCCUCAGAUCCUUCAACACCGCAGAAGUUUGAACCUAUGUGGAUGAGCGAACCGGCAGACAUGGAGCUUCUUGUGUGGGCGUACAAACAUUCUCGCGAAACUGCACGUCGCAUGCCAUGCUAUCGUGGGGAGUUCAAGCCGAACCAUCCUGAAUUUGCACAAGGCAGUGACGCCUAUAUCAAGGACGUAGAGAUGGGACCGGUACCCAUCGACGCGCCACCAAUUGUAUACACCAAAGAAGACAACGAAGCUAUAAGGACCGCGAUCAAGAAGUUUAUAUCCGGCUGCUGGCAUACCAUGGGAUCGGCCGCGAUGAAGCCUAGAGACAAGAACGGCGUCGUGGAUCCAAGGUUAAAUGUGUACGGCACCGAACAUCUCAAGGUCGCUGACUUGUCUAUCUGUCCGGCGAACGUCGGGGCGAAUCCGUAUUCUACUUGCACUGCAAUUGGAGAGAAGGCUGCUGUGUUGAUAUGCGAAGAUCUCGGCAUCGAAUUGGCUCUGUAA